CUGGUCUGCAUCUGCAUCUGUAUGAUAUUUCAAAAUGGGAGAUUAGCAAUCAAACGAUAUUAUUUCUUUUCCAUCACUCUCUGGCCCUAAACCUCACAGCCGAGUGGCAGCAUGAAGAGCUCUGUAUCAUUCAAUCUUUGUUUUGCCUUCCUGUUGUUUGGAGAAUUUGCGACUGGAACAGGAAAUGUUGAUAAAAAGGCUCGCAGGGAAGAGGUUCUGGAGAUGUUUAGCCAUGCCUAUGACUCCUACAUGACAUAUGCCUACCCAGCGGAUGAAUUGAUGCCACUCAGCUGUAAAGGCCGGGUCAGAGGUCGCGAGCCAAACCGUGGGGACGUGGACGAUGCACUCGGAAACUUCUCUCUAACACUGAUCGACACCCUGGAUUCUCUAGCCCUUCUUGGUUUACUUGAUGAAUUUGAAGAUGCCGUCAAGAAGGUCAUAGCCGACGUCACCUUCAACUCAGAUGUUGUGGUAUCUGUAUUUGAGACUAAUAUCAGAGUUGUUGGGGGUCUUCUUGGAGGGCACGUGGCAGCCUUAGAUCUUCAGGAACACCAUGGUGUGAUGGAGUGGUACAAGGAUGAGCUACUUCAGAUGGCCAAGGAAGUAGGCUACCGUCUCCUGCCGGCCUUCAAUACAUCCACAGGUGUCCCAUAUCCAAAGGUGAACCUGAAACAUGGCCUUGGUAAGGGGCGUCCUGAGAGAGACACCUGUACGGCCUGUGCUGGUACCAUGCUCCUCGAGUUCUCUGCUCUGAGCCGCCUCUCCGGUGACCCCAUCUUUGAGGAGAAAGCGAGGAGUGUAAUGCAGACCCUGUGGUCUAAGAGGCAGCGUACAAGUAACUUAGUUGGGACCGUCAUUAACAUUCACACUGGAGAUUGGGUCAGGAGAGAAAGUGGAGUUGGUGCUGGCAUUGACUCCUACUAUGAAUACUUGUUAAAAGGUUACAUUCUGCUCGGAGAUGACUCGUAUCUUGACAAAUUUAAUACACAUUAUGAAGCUAUACAGCGCUAUAUAAGCGACGGUCCACUCCUCAUGGAUGUCCAGAUGCACCGCCCCCAUGCAAGGUCAAGAAACUUUAUGGACUCUCUCCUUGCAUUCUGGCCAGGUCUACAGGUUCUAUUUGGUGAUAUUGAGCCAGCUAUAGAGACACAUGAAAUGCUGUACCAGGUCACACAGAGACAUAACUUUCUUCCAGAGGCAUUCACUCCACAGUAUGAUGUUUAUUGGGGACAGCAUCCCUUGAGGCCAGAGUUUAUUGAGAGCACAUACAUGCUAUACAAGGCCACCAGUGACCCAUACUACUUAGAGGUUGGAGAGAACAUCAUUGAAGCCCUCCAGAAUCAUGCCCGUGUCCACUGUGGCUUUGCAGGCAUCAAAGAUGUACGGACAGGCAGCCAUGAAGAUAGGAUGGAUUCCUUUGUGUUGGCUGAGACAUUCAAAUACCUCUACCUGCUGUUUGCAGAGCCUAAAGAUCUAGCCAUCAACGUGGACAACUAUCUCUUCACCACCGAGGCCCAUCUUCUUCCCCUCUCACUCUCCAAGUUCAAGGCGGAGCAGACCAAUACCAGCGUGCAAUUCAAUGGGACAUCCGAGACCGAUGAUGGCCUAACAACGUCCGUGGUGCUGGACCGGUCCUGCGCCAAUCACAAAUACCUCUUCCCAGGUGGAAGCACCUACGCUCAAGCUCUCAGGGAUCCACUCAAAAAGUCCAAAAAUGUCCAGAGCUCCCAGUGCCCCAGCAGUCAGCAGCCAGCUACUCCUGUUUCGGAUGCACCGCGUCUAAAAGCUGCCGAGUUUGUGCCAGGGAACCCAGAUCACAUGCAGCAGCUCAAUAAGAUGGGUAUUAGACUACUCACUAUGAAAGAUGGGCGUGUUCAGCUCAUGCACACUGCUACCAAUGCUGUGACAACACAGGCAGCGGAGGAGGGUGCUCUCUUUAUGCAGGAGAUGAUAGAGCUCUCAAAGAGUCAACAAGCAGAAGUUGCUGAGAACCAUCCAAGGGUCGUCCAGAUCAUGGCUCCAUCCAUACUGAAGAACAUGGUGCUAGCCGCUGGACCAGCUCAGUUUGGCAUGGAUCUCAAUGAAAACUUUGCUGCUGUGGGAGAAUUGGUUGUAGCAGAUCCGUUCACAGCGUGUAGCGGUAUCACCAAUGGACAUCUCAUGCAGGGCAAGAUUAUCAUCAUGUCCAGAGGGGAAUGCAUGUUUGUUGAUAAGGCAAGGCACCUGCAAAAGUUCGGCGCCCACGGCGGCAUCGUCAUCGACAACGUCCCCGACACCAGCAGCGACACGGCGGCCAUGUUUGCCAUGUCUGGAGAUGGGACGGACGAUGUCAACAUCCCCAUGGUGUUCCUGUUCUCCAAGGAAGGCAAGCUACUCCUCAAUGCUAUCCAGGAACAUGGAGUGGUCGAGGUGCUUCUCCUGGACAAGGCUAAGACCCUCAAUGAACUGAAUGAGAUCUGGACCCACUUUCAUAACAAGGAACCAGACAGCUCUCCAUUCCAGAUCCGAGCCAAGGUGGAGGAGGGCGUCGCCCAGGCGUCGUCUGUCGGGGAGGAAGAGCAGGCUCAGUUCAUCGACCUUGAUGAUGACACCUACGAUGAGGACGGUGACGAGGAGUACGAGUGUCCAGCCCGGAAUGUUGUUGACCAGUCAGUGGAUACCAGCCAGCAGUUUUCCAAUUACCUACAGGAGAUCACCCAUUUCGCCCUUACCAAGAGCGAUAUCGACAAGGUUUUGUCCCAGCUGCAGAACGUUGAAGGUCUCGGGGAGGACUUCGCGGAGGUCGUGAAAGCCAAGUUGGAGGAGAUCAUGAAAGAGUACAAGAAUGUCAAUGGGGAAUUCCGAGAGCGUGUAGAGCAGAGUGGGAAUGGAGCCAUCUUCGAAUCCAGUGCGUCCCCAAGCGUACUGCAGAUGGCCUUUGACACCAUCUGGAAGCAGUACCUAGAGACGGAGGAAGGACAGGUCCUCCAGGGCCAGAGAGCAGACAGUGCCUUCAAGCACAAGAUGGACUCCUACAACAACUUCCAAGUCAAUGCUGAACUGCUGGAUGCGCUGGGAGACGUACCCAAAGAGACAAUCAACAGAGUAGUGCAGGAUUACAUCAAACUUGAAAACAUCAGGUUACAGUAUGAUGCUGUAAAUCCUAUUCAUAAUGUGGAGGAUGACCAACAUAUAGCCCAAUCAGUGACGUUAGAUUCAAACCAAGAAUCAAGUAGGACUAAGCUUUCAAGUGGUGGCAAUAUAGAAGAAGAGGUUGAUAUGGACAACUCAAAUGCUGCUGCCUCUUCCCAUUUAGGUUCCACUUCAGACAGUCCACAAAGUGGCAGCCAUAUAUCACAGCAACAGGAGACUGUUGUAGAUCCACAGUCUCAGCAGAGAGAGUUGCAGCAACGGAUGCAGCAACUCCAGCAACAAAUGGAAGAAAAUCAGGAGAACGUUGACAGGACUCCAGAUGACUCUGAACAACCAUCCAAAGUUGAGCUUUAAAACCAACAUAAAGAAUUCAUCAUUUUAUCUUCUAUCAUAUGGAAGU